AUGAGACCCCGUCAAAGCCAGUCUUAUCUCCAAAAGCGGGCUGUGGUUUUGGGAGGCGAAGAAAAGAAAGCGCGGGAUCUAUUGCAGAAGCUUACUACCAUGAGGAAUGAGAAGGUGGCGAAGCGUCAAGCUGCGCAGGAGAAGCGGAGGAAGGUUUAUCGCGCCAAGAUAGCGGAGAAUGCUGAGAAGAAGCAGGGACGGGAGAAGCGGGAGCGCGACGAAUAUUGGCAGCGGGAAGGGAAGAAGCGGAAGAAUGAUGGCCAGGAAGGUGACCGAGGUGGGAAGAAAAGAAGAUGA